CCUAGGAACCCUUCUCAUUAGUAGUUGCCAACACCAGGCAAGCAAACGAUUGGAUCUCGUAAAAUUAUUUGUAAUAAUAUAGUAAAAUUUCGAAAUCUUUGUGAAAUGGCCAAUCGGUUGAAAGCAGGAGCAUGCUGCCGACCAGGUUGUCCCCCUGCAUGUUCACCUUGCUGCCCGCCUUGUGCUCCACCUCUGGUGCGCCUGAAAAAACUGUGGCCCGAGCCCUACAAUCCCUGCUCCUUCAAGAAUUGCCUGAUCUUCGGCGGCCACGAUGAACCCUAUGUCCAGCCCUUCGAUCCGAAAGCAUGUGCGCGAAUGCGUCGUAACGAUAUCGACCGUUCGUUGGGAUAUCCCAUAGGCGUAGUCUGCGGUACAAUUAUUGUAAAGGGGGGUAUUCCGAAUCAGGAGAGCGUUCGGUUUGCUGGAAAUCUUAAGGGAUUCGCCCACUCCUACUACACACGGCGCGAUGAGUGGAACCCGGAGACAAUUGACAUGAUAGCGAACGAGGCUCAGGUGUUGUACAAUGAUUCCGAAAACAUGGAUCCUCCCAAUAUGGUUGAAUCUCCGGAUAUCUAUGACGAAAAUGAACGCAGGGUGACACGUCAUUUUAUGAUCAACGAUAUUGAAUUUGCCAUGGAGUUGGAGGCUCCCUUCGAGAUCUACGGUUACCCAAACGUAAUACAAAAUCUUCGGAGGAUCUUGAGAGCCUUCUUCAAAAAGGCAAAAUACGGAGUUUUCUUCACACCCAACUGGUACCUACUGAUCUGGAAGGAGAAAGGUGUAUGGAUGGUGUUGGAUCUUAAUGGCAGGGACAAGAACACCAUGAAACCAAAUUAUGAGGAGGGUUAUCCCUUGCUACUGGGCCUCAAGUCCUUCGACAAUGUUAUCUGGCUGAUCAAGAAGGAAAGCGAUCUGGAAAAGACCAAUAGGUUUUCGAUCAGGGAGAUCAUCGUGGUGCGAAUGGCCACUCCUGGAAACACGGGUCAGAGUUGGGAGCGGGAGCAUGGUAUGCGGAUGAGCCAGUUCGAUGUGAUUGCCUCGGAUUAUGCCUAUGUGAAGUCUAACCUUCAUCUCACUCUGAACUCAAAGGAUGCCCUGAGGAAUCGCAGUGCUCUGCCAGUGGCUGUGGCCACCGCUUUGGCCUCCAAAAUCGAUCAUCCGGCCACUUGGGACAUGAAGAUGUACGACAAGGUCAUGUGUUAUGGCGUUAAUAUGUGCAAAAACUGCUGGGAGCCUUGCGUUGAUCUUAAUCUACCCAUGGAUCUGGAUGAUUUUCCACGACAGAUCCGAAUGGGUCAGUUUGUGGCCGAAAUCAUGCUCAGUCCAAAUGUUUACGAGGGCUGGUGGAAGUGCGUGCCGAUGUACAAGUUCAACGACUUUCAUCUGAUGCUGGAGAAAGCUCUCGAUAAUAACGAUUAUGUGAUCUUUCAGAUCAACAAUCAGAUGUAUUCACUGUGGAAGAAGUCGGAAUUCAUCUAUCUAAUGGAUCCGUAUCGCCACAACAUUGUGGGUCGUAUUUUGGAGGAGGGCGAAGAUCCGAAAAGUGCCACGGUUAGGAUGUUUGGAAAUAUGGAUCGUCUGUUGAGUGUAUUUCAUCAGAUUCUUUUGGAAUCGAACCGAUCGGCUAUGUUCCAUAUACAUACGCUCAGAAUAAGAAAUAUAACAGAAUGUCCACCUGGCACGGCUCCUGCCCUACUUCCUCCCGAUGAGGAUGUGGAGGUUAGAUCGCUCAAUGAGAACAUUCGCUUCGAUGAGAACUACGACAAGUGUCUGCAAGAACUGGGCGAGAUCAGCGACUUCGAGGAGGAUCUGGUCUCGGAGAUCGAACCCAUUGUGGAGGUCAGCUCCUCGGAGGAGAUGGUCGAGGAGGAGGAGGGCGGCGGAGGCGGUGAAGUUGAAGGAGGCGAGGGAGAAGACGAUGAUGACUAGCUCUAACAACUUUUUCCGGACUGAGCCAACAUUCCCAUAUAUAUUAUGCAUUUUUAUUUAACCAAAAGUAGCUUACAUUACUGGAUUAACGAUUUAAAUAUUUCAUCAAUUGAUCAAGUGUAAAAAAUGAAUAUAUAAAUUAUAAGUUGAACACUAAAAGGUGUUUUCUUUAA